UUCGGUGUCACAAAGACGCAUUAUACAGAUAACCUACUUUCCGUUGUCCAGAUCACGAAAACGUUUUACAAAGUGGGAGGAGGAUGGAAAUAAAAUUUGAUGGAAAGAAAGCUUUAGUGACAGGGGCCGGGAAAGGGAUUGGUCGUGCCAUUGCUAAGAAAUUGGUAGAAUGUGGUGCUGAGACUUACGCUCUUAGUCGAACACAGUCUGAUCUUGACACUUUAAAAAAAGAGGUACCCUCAAUCAAUGUUGUCCAAAUUGACCUUCAAGAAUGGGAUAAAACAAGGGAGACAAUUGCCAAAAUAGGACCAGUUGAUUUACUCAUCAAUAAUGCUGGUGUAGCAAAGUUGGCGAAGUUUACAGAAAUGAAAAAAGAAGAUCUGGAUUAUGUGAUGGAUGUGAAUUUCAAUGCUGUUUUCAAUGUAUCACAGGUAGUAGCCAAAGCAAUGGUUGAGAGAGGAGAAGGAGGAAGCAUAGUUAACAUAUCGAGUGCUGCCUCACAAGAUGCGUUGAUGGAUCAUGCUGCUUACUGUCCAAGUAAAGCAGCUGUUGAUAUGCUUACUAAAUGUAUGGCCUUGGAACUUGGGCCUCAUAAAAUCCGAGUUAAUAGUGUUAAUCCAACAGUAACAUGGACAGAUAUGGCAAAAAUGAACUGGAGUGACCCUGCAAAAAGUGAACCAAUGCGGGCUAGGAUACCUUUAGGCAAAUUCAUAGGGGUUGAAGAUGUAGUGAACAGUGUAAUUUUCCUUCUAAGUAAUAAGAGUGCAAUGACAACUGGGGAAUGUGUUAGAAUAGAUGGAGGCUUGGGAGUACACUGAAAUUGAGUACUUGAAUAAAUGCAAACAGUAUUAAAAAGAUAAUUAUAUUCCAGAGAUAAAUAUUAAUUAUGACAUUGAUCGAGUGGUGGAGGAGUAACAGUUAAAGUUACCAAUGAUUAAGACGGAUUUGUCCAUCACAAAGGAAGAAUAGGGACAGUUAUAUACUUUAGUUAUAAAGAUUGUAAUUUGGUGUUUAAAGUUUAAUUCUCUUUGAUUUUAUGUUAAUCAAUAAUUUAAUUGUUAAUUUCUCUACACGGUACUUCUUAGUUAUUGGAGAGCAAGUCGAUAAAGUAAUCAUGUCUUAUCAAUUAAAUAUUUUAAGCAAUUUGAUCAUGUACAUGUAUGUAUCUUACAAAAGGAAACAAUUGUUGUGCAGGAACA